ACGACGUCGACCUUUAGUAAUUAAGAUGCUAAUAAGAAUAAAUAAAUAAUGCAACAAAAUAUGUGUACCAAAAAAAACACCGUUGAAGAAACCAGCAAUAAGAAUCUUGAUCUCUUUUGAUAAUCAUGAAGGAUAAGGUAGAGUUAUUAUUACUAUGUGCAGAGGUUCUUGUAGCACUGCUGGUCCUCCCUUCAUGUGUUUAUACCUUAAGCAAAGAUGAAUUUCCAACUGAAUUUGUUUUUGGUGCAUCAACUUCAGCUUAUCAGGUUGAAGGUGCAGCAAAUGAAGAUGGAAGAAAGCCUAGCAUAUGGGAUACUUUUGCCCAUUCUGAUAAUGGGAAUUUGUAUGAUGGUGAUGGAGACAUUACUUGUGAUCAAUAUCAUAAGUACAAGGAAGAUGUUCAACUUAUGGCUAACAUGGGCUUAGAUGCCUAUAGACUUUCCAUAUCUUGGUCAAGACUUAUUCCGGAUGGAAGAGGAGAAAUCAAUCCCAAGGGAUUGCAGUAUUACAACAACCUUAUCAAUGAACUCAUAAGCCAUGGAAUUCAACCGCAUGUGACAUUACACCACUGGGACCUUCCACAAAAACUGGAGGACGAAUACGGCGGAUGGGUCAGCCGGAGAAUUGUGAAAGACUUCACAGAAUAUGCAGAUGUAUGCUUCAGAGAAUUCGGUGACAGAGUAAAGUAUUGGACCACAGUGAAUGAAGCUAAUGUGUUUGCGAUUUUCGGUUAUGAUUUAGGAAUGUUGCCGCCACAACAUUGUUCUCCUUCCCUUUACUUUAACUGCUCUAAAGGAAAUUCCUCAACUGAGCCAUAUUUGGUAACUCAUAAUAUAUUGUUAGCACAUGGAUCAGCUUCUAGAUUGUAUAGGAACAAGUAUAAGGGGAUGCAGAAUGGGUUUGUUGGGUUUAAUAUCCUUACUGUUGGUCUUGCUCCACAAACAAAUAGUAGUGAAGAUAUCACUGCUACACAAAGAGUUCAAGAUUUCUAUCAUGGGUGGUAUCUACAUCCUUUUAUAUUUGGGGACUAUCCUGAAACAAUGAAAAAGAUCGUGCGCUCGAGGCUUCCUUCCUUCACGAAAAAGGAAUCGAAUCUGGUUAAGGACUCAAUGGACUUUCUAGGAAUAAACUUUUAUUACUCAUUUCUUGUCAAGAAUAAUGUGCAAAUGGAUCAUAGAGAUUACAUGGCAGACAUGGCAGCCGAUCUUAUAUUUCCUGAUGGAACACCUUUUGAGGAGGUUCCAAUCACACCCUGGAGUUUGCAAGGGGUGCUGGACUCAUUCAAGAACACUUAUGGCAAUUUUCCGCUUUACAUACACGAAAACGGACAACAAACGCCGCGCAACUCGUCACUGGAUGACUGGCCAAGGGUGAAGUACUUGCAAGAAUACAUUGGUUGCAUGCUUGAUUCAGUGAGGAGUGGCUUAAAUGUAAAAGGGUAUUUUGUAUGGUCCUUCUUGGAUGCAUUUGAGUUACUGAGUGGAUAUGAGUUCAGCUAUGGCCUAUAUUUCGUUGACUUGAAGGAUCCAAGCUUGAGUAGGCAACCCAAACUCUCUGCUAAAUGGUACUCAGAUUUCCUCAAAACAAGGCCAAUGGACCCAAAUGUCACCAUGCAAAUUCAGAAGAACAAUUCUCCUAUGCUUGAUUCCCUUUAAUUAGGGCAAGUUAGAAUUGGCAUGGUUUUAUAUGCCUUAUGGUGUCAAAUUAUGAAACAAACUAGACUUAAUCUGCAUAAUAUGCUUCAUGCUGAAAAAUUAUUGCAUGCUGAUGGAGUAUUUAGGUGCAAUGUGCUCUAUCCGCCGAUUCUAGUUUUUUGUUUUUUAUUAUUCAAAAUAAUCACCUUAUUAACUGAUAGAUCACAAUCUCCUUAAAUGCGUUAUAAGCAUGCAAUAAUUUUUUUUCUAUAUGUACAAAUCCUAUGAAGUUAUAACUUAUAACGAUGUAAUCAUUUUAAGUUUUUAA